GGUGAAAGCGAAAGGGAGAAGGGUCAGACAGGCCAGGAAGGGUGCCUGACAGAGAACCCGGCUUUGGCCUUUCUCCCUCCGCGUUGGUCGCACGUAGACCCCCAACCCCUGGACCACCCUGCCCACCUUGAGAUGCUGAAGCCGGCGUUUGAGCUCCGAAGGGGCUUCUCCUUCGAGAACUGCCAGAGAAAUGCAUCCUUAGAACGAGUCCUCCCGGGGCUCCGGAUCCCUCAGGCACACAAGACCGGCACCACCAUCGCGGGCCUUGUGUUCCGAGACGGGGUCAUUCUGGGCGCGGAGACACGGGCCACCAACGAUUCGGUUGUGAUAGACAAGAGCUGCGAGAAGAUCCACUUCAUUGCCCCCAAAAUCUACUGCUGUGGGGCUGGAGUAGCCGCGGACGCCGAAAUGACCACGCGGAUGGCGGCGUCCAACAUGGAGCUACACUCCCUGUCCACAGGCCGCGAGCCUCGCGUGGCCACGGUCACGCGCGUUCUCCGCCAGACGCUCUUCCGGUACCGGGGCCACGUGGGCGCGUCGCUGAUAGUGGGCGGAGUAGAUCUGAUGGGACCGCAGCUCUACAGCGUGCACCCCCAUGGCUCCUACAGCCGUCUGCCCUUCACAGCCCUGGGUUCCGGCCAGGACGCCGCCCUGGCGGUACUGGAGGAUCGGUUCCAGCCGAACAUGAGGCUGGAGGCCGCGCAGGAGCUGCUAGUGGAAGCCAUUACUGCAGGGAUCCUGGGUGACCUGGGCUCUGGGGGCAGCGUGGAUGCAUGUGUGAUAAUGGGGACCGGCGCCAAGCUUCUGAGAACAUUAAGCUCACCGACAAAGCCCAUACAGAGGCCCAACCAGUACCACUUUGCCCCGGGAACCACGGCUGUCCUGUCCCAGACAGUGAAGCCACUGACCCUGGAGCUGCUGGAGGAAACCGUGCAGGCCAUGGAGGUGGAGUGAAGUAGGAUGAUGCUUAGGGCCUGGAACAAGGGGGAAUAAACCCAGGAAAUACAAAAACA